CUCGGAAGCAGAGCAACAAGAAACGAAUGACGUCGUCACACUCGAAGAAACUCUUCGUCAUCAACGUCACCACUCUAUUCGGAUCCUUUGCCUCUCCCUCAAGAACUCUCUCUCUCUCUCUCUCUCUCUCGCUCGUCGUUCGAUCACUCGAACGGGAAGGCACGGCCCAAGUCAAAUUUCCACCCGAGGGAGCAUCGACCGCUGAAUUCUGUGUAAAAAUCGAGGAUUUUGGAGCGGGGUUCGAUUGAUUCAUCGAUUGAUCUUCUUCCUUUUUGGUUCUUGUUCUUGGGUCACUGCCUUUACUGGGCGCCUUUGGUGUAAUCGUGCCCGGGAUUUCAUUUCCUCUCGCUCCUGGAACGUGGGAUGCGUUCGCGGGCGAUCGAAAUCGAUGGGCUUGUUUAAAGAAUUCAGUCUUUUGGAGGCGUGCGCGGAGUUUUGAAGCUCGUUUGUGAUCGUGAGGCGACAUGUGAAGGAGGAUUUCGUGUAUGUUUCUGGAGGAUUUUUAGUGGGUGCUCUGUGGUUGUUGAUUUUGUGGGAGAGAUUGGUUCUUUUUCUUUUUUGUUUUGGCUGUCCAUGAAAUGUCUGGUGGGACACCAGUUGGUGGUGGAUUCGUGAGGCAGAGGCAUAGCCAAGGCUACUCCUCCGGGGGUGAUGACCUCGAGGACGAUGCCUGCUCGAGGAUGGCAACGCCCGUAUCGCCUCCGGUUCCGCGAAGCCGGAGGUGGGUCGAGGUUGUUGCAAACGUCCUUUGGAUCGCUUUGGCGUUGUUAUUUGUGCACUUUGGGGAUUGGCAUUCCAAUCUCAUUUAUCUCUUGUGGCAUGACGGCAGAAUCAGAAGAGUGCCUUUGUACCUCGGGAUGUUCGCUGUUGGUUUGAAUUUACUCAUUUUCAUUUAUACAAGCGUGAUGGCGUGGAGAAUCAAGAGAUUUGAUGAAAAGUGGGAGCUAGCUGGCAUAGCAGCAUUGCCUUAUGUCACUCUACUUGGGCUUGUCGCAUUUUGCAUGCUGACUUUUGCUUUAUGGCCUAUUUGGAGUAUUUUGACCCUUCCUCUUCUGUUUACCCUUUUUAUGGCUUGCAUGGUUGUAUUGCCGAAUCUCAUGAUUGGGAUGUUCAGACGACAAAAUGGCGCAUUCCGAACAGAUUAGACAACUUGAUUGGAUGAAGAUACUAACUUAAAUUUGUAUUGGGAGGGCAUUUUGCUAUUGCUUGAACCGUUUCUCCUUGUUUGAUGCAUUCGAAUGCCACAUUUUGUCCAAGAGGUCCAGGAGAUGAAAGCUGGUUCUCACUUCAAUCAUAUCGAGCCAUUCCUCAGCUAGUCCUGAUACACCGCCUUUGGCACCCCAUCACUUUCUUGUAUUUACCCAUCCGAAGACAUCGUUAUAGGAAAUUCUUUUGGUGCAGUUGUGACACCAGCGGGGAUCAUUUCGGCACAUAUUCUUGCUUGCAGUUCUUUGAUUGAUCUGUUACUGCAUUUUGCCAUCUGAUAUGGCCUUCCUGGGCCAGGAUGUGUGAAGACAUUUCUCUGCUGACAAUUUAGUAAUCUCUCUGUUUUCCCUGGCAUGAGAGCAGCAGCAGCAGCAGCCAGGUUAAUGACUUGCUGAAGUUAUUAGUAUUCGGAUGAAACAGUGAAUCAACAGCAGUAGCAGUUGAAUCAGAUAUCUACAGAACUCAUGUCAUUUUGAGAAUCACGAGAUUACGAAUUUGAUUCUUUCA